GAAAUAAUAAUAAUAAUAAUAGGAAAGUUGAACUGUAGCGCAUUCGCUUAUAGUCAAGAAUUGAGUGACAAAACGGAGGUGUCGACGGAAAACAUCAUGUCGGGAGAGAUGUGCGUUCCCGGAAAACGUAUAUGCGCCCUCGCAGAAGACAAGUUCAUCUCAGGACCUGGGACCUACAGUCAGCAAGGAUAUAUCUAUGCGAGCUUGACCGGUGUUCUUCAAAUUACGAAACAGGAUGAUGGAAAGAAAUCCCUGGUGGAGAUACGCCGUCCGAUGGGUCGCCUGGCAGUACCCACACCCGGAUCGGUGGUCACGUGUAAAGUCACAUCGAUAAACCAGCGCUACGCGAAAGUCUCCAUACUGUGUAUAGAAGAGACAGAGCUCAAGGAACCGUUCAGAGGUGUCAUAAGAAGAGAAGAUGUGCGGGCCUUCGAGAAGGACAAGGUCGAAAUGGUGAAAAGUUUCCACCCGGGAGACGUUGUCCUCGCGAAAACCCUGACAAUGGGUGAUGCGAUGAGUUACAUUCUCACGACUGCUGAAAACGAGCUCGGUGUUGUGAUUGCUCUGUCAUCCGCAGGUGUUCCCAUGGUGCCGAUUAGCUGGACAGAGAUGCAAUGUCCCAAAACAUUGGAGAAGGAAUUCCGAAAGGUUGCCAAGGUCGUGCCUACAGUCAAGGAGCUCUGAUAUAUUUCAGGAAUAGGGUUAUACUUCAGCACAUGUAUAUAUUCAGAGAUGUAGAUAGAGCGAGAAGAGCCCAUACCGUGAUUCCGGACAUUUUUAUUCGAAAUUUGGUUCGAUCGCCACCCAGGUAAUUUUUUUCGUUGUCCCAGUCGAAUUCAUUCGACAUCUUCCGUAGAUCGAUUCCAUCAUCAAUCACAAAGCUCUGCUCACGAUUCCGGAUUGAUUCCUUCUUGCUGUCGAAUAAAGCUUGGAAGAUUGGG